GGUACGAACCGCGGAGUGUGAUUCCUACGAGUUGUACGUACCGCAAUUCCACAUGGGUCUUGCCGUUGCUGGUAUCAAGUUUCUCCUGCUAAUUGCUCUUACGCAAGCCUCUCGAGGACCAAACAAGCUACAACGAGACCUCCCAGACUCCUUCAAGAUAUUUCAAGCGUUUGAAAAUCCCAUUGGAAUGAUUGACACCAACAACGACUCUGUCCUGGAGUGCCUCUCCGCGCGUAGAGCCGAGAUUGACCCCGAGACACAGACUGCUACGUACGUGUGGUCACUGGCCGGAGAUGACGGAAAAGGAAGAAAGUACAUUCCAUUCUACCACAGUCCAGGAAGAACACCCGAUGAAACCCGAUUUUCCAUCGGAUCGAAAAACCGUCCUCGUGCAAUUGGCCACUUCCUCUACACCGACUACAUGAACUGCGCUAUUCUAGAAAUACCAUACCACGGGGAUCAGUGCACACUCUGGGUAUCCAGUGCCGUGCGAGACUCCAUUCCCGACGUCUGCAUGGAACAGUACGCCAUUGUGUGUGGUAGUGGCGUCCCUAUUUACGACAAGAAUAUGUGCAAGAAUGCCUACAACUAGGCAGGAGCGCUCCUUAUUUACGCAAAGCCACACCGAGAGCCGCCUCAAAGCAAGCUGUCACCAAACAAAUAUCGCACACUUUGACACGAUGUUACUCCGCGUCUGCGUACAGGUGAAAUGUGUGAAUGACUUUCACGCAGUGCGUAAUACGUUGUGGCGACCCAUCGAACAGAGAUCAUGCAUAUUGUACGCCAUGAAAACUGUGGCCCUUAUCAUAGUUAAUCCUGGCCAUAUAGCAAGAAAGCAGCGUAAGCUGCCCGCUUCCAUCGAAAAUAAAGCUUGUUACCUGGGUUACGCUCCGAAAACAAGAAAUAAAAGGUAAAAUCAGUCAUCCCGUA